AUGAUUGAAAUCUUACAGGAAUUUUAUUUCAGUUGUACUUUUAACCUUAAAUAGACCAUGGAGAAUUUAUUAUCUCUGCUCUCUUGUCAUUAUUCGUUGCUGAUUUUAUUUCAGUACAAAUAUCAGGUGUAUGGAAACUAUUCCCAGCUACCCAAACAUCCAGGGUUCAAAGUUCUCGCAUCAGCUUCCCAUUACUGGCCAUUGGAAGAUGUGGAUGGAAUUCACGAGUUUCGGGAUACGAAUGGAGCUCUAAGAAUCCACAACUUCACUGUGCUUCCUUCCCAUAACUCUACCUUUGUAUAUACCAAUGACUCUGCCUACUCUAACUUCUCUGCAACUGUAGAUAUUGUAGAAGGAAUGGUGAACAAAGGAAUUUACGUCACUGAAAAGAAAGGUGUUACCUUUCUCUUCUUUGGAAGCUAUCAAAAUUCUUGCAUUAGUAAUCCGGAAGUUUGUGGACCUGAAGGCGUAACAUUUUCCUUUUUCUGGAAGACUCAAGACCAGCAGGCUAAGUUUCUCCCUGCAUCUGGUGGACAAGUAAUUUCCAGUGGUUUCAAAAUCUGUUCAAAUGAAGGUGAAGGCUCAGUGGAGUUUUACACCCGUGGGAAUGCAAUGAUGAAGUGGAAAGCAAGCUUUAGCCCACCAGGUCCUUAUUGGACUCAUAUUCUCUUUACUUGGAAAUCAAGAGAAGGACUGAAAGUCUAUGUCAAUGGAACUCUAAACACAACCGAUCCAGAUGGGAAAGUUUUCUAUGAUUAUGGAGACCCCAGUGCAAAUCUACUGACUGGGACAGAGGGGGAUCAGACUAAGCGCUAUGUCAAUGGGGCAUUUGAUGAAUUCAUUAUAUGGGAAAGGGCACUCACCCCCAAUGAAAUUGAGCAGUACUUUACAGCUGCUAUUGGUGUGCAGGUUUUGCUUUCUUCAACGCUUCCAUGGUCUGUGAUGACAACCACUACAAAACCUGUGCUCUCUACAAACGCCUACAGUCCCAUCAUAACUCAUCUGACUGAGGAGAGAGGGAAUUUCCACUCCCCUGACACCAUGCUGGGCUACCUGGAGAAUGUGUCCUUCAGCCUGCCCAACAAAUCCUUGUCAGAAAAUACUGCUCUAAGCCUGUCAGAGGCAUUUUUAAAAGCUAUCGAAGACUUUCUGUUAUUGCCCAACUGGAUUGAUGUACCAGAGACUGCUCACGUAUUUGGAAAUUUAAUUCAAACUAUUGACAGUGUGAUGGCUCAUAUGACACGCAAUUUGGAUGAAAAUUUAUUGCCUUUAACUGUUGAAGGCACAUCAUCUGUGGCAGAUUACACCUUGGUCAAAAUGCAUCCUCGGACUCUGAAUUUGUCCCACUAUCGAUUUCCAUCUCGAGGACGGAGUUAUAUUUCCAUUCCCAGUGAAGCUUUUCAUGAAAAAGCUUGGAUUACCAUUGUUGGCCUGCUUUACCAUAACAUGCAUUAUUUCUUUCAUAAUAUCAACCCUAUGGAUACCAAGAUUGCUGAAGCUGCUGUCUACAAAGGUUAUACGAUCUCAGCAGCCAGUUAUCUUAUCUCUAUCAAAGUGGAACCUUUACCCAAGUUGUCCAACAAUCUGUCAGGAUCUCCACUUAUUACCAUCCAGCUCACUCACAAAUUG